GUUUUGGGAGUGUAAGAGAAAAUUUCUAUUCUUUUAGGGGAAAUAUGAUAUUUCAUACUAUUUGGAGAGGUUGUUGAUAUUUUUUCUGAAACAACAAAACCCGAUUCCGAGGUCCAAAAUUCCAAAUUAAAGUGUCACUGCUUUCAAUUUUCCCGAAAGAAAAAGGAAAAAAGAAAAUCCAGGAAGUGAGUCAAAGCUAAACUCAGCAAUGUUUCCGUCCAACCACCAGUUUUCUGGUCAACCGAGGGCGUUAGCUGUUGUUGAAACCACCACAACUUCGAUUCAAGUGGAUCUGAACGAUGCCUCUUUGGUUUCCAGGGAUGAAGUGCAAAAUGGAGGAUUUUCAGAAGCCAAAUCCAUCAUGGAGAGCUCUGAGAAACUUCAAGAUGAUCUUCGAAUGUUGGGAGUGAAAAUCAAGCAGCAUGAGGAUAGCUUAAAACUUCUGAGGAAUCAGAAGAACAAAUUAGAUGAUACCAUACUUGAUAUGCAAGUUACGCUUGGCAAGUAUCAUUCUUCUAGUUCACCUGGUGUGAACAAGGACGAGUCCCACCUUCAAAGUGAGCAUGAAACAACUGAACAGAUUCUUCAGCACGAAAAGUCAGCAGCAGGAAUUCUGUGUCAGCUGAAAGCUCAUCAUGGCUCCCAAGCUUCUCAUCUGAGUUUGACAAAGGAUGUACUGGGUGUUGUUGCUACACUUGGAAAAGUAGAUGAUGAAAAUCUUAGUAGGAUUUUCUCGGAAUACCUAGGAGUGCAAACUAUGUUGGCGGUUGUUUGUAAUACUUUUGAAGGUGUUAAAGCUUUGGAAACAUUCAACCAGGAUGGUUGCAUAGAUAAAACUUCUGGUCUGCACGGGCUUGCAGCUUCUAUUGGGAGGUCUCUAGAUGGCCGAUUUCUUGUAAUUUGUCUUGAAAAUUUAAGACCUUAUGCUGGUGAUUUUGUAGCUGAGGACCGCCAGAGGAGACUUGAUCUGUUAAAGCCAAGAUUACCAAAUGGGGAGUGUCCUCCAGGAUUUCUUGGCUUUGCAGUGAAUAUGAUUAAUGUGGACAGCUCAAACUUAUCUUUUGUCACUGCCAGUGGGGAAGGCCUUAGAGAGACCUUAUUUUAUAAUCUGUUCUCCCAUCUUCAAGUAUACCAAACCAGGGCCGAGAUGGUUCGUGCUCUCCCUUGUAUAAGUGAAGGAGCAGUCUCUCUGGAUGGUGGGAUGAUCAGAAGUAAUGGCGUAUUUUCCCUAGGCAGUCGGGAAGAGGUAGAUGUGAGAUUCCCGAAGACCUCUACAAUGUUAGAAGAGCUAGAAAGCUACAGUGAAACCGAGAAGCAGAUGAUAGAGAUGAGAUGGCAAAAAGAAAAGUUGGAAGAGGACAUCAAGAGGGAACUCGCGUUGCUGAAUACUGCCAAGUUCAAUUUCGAAAGAAAGAAGCAAGACUUUGUCAAGUUUCUUGCUCAAAACUCAACAUAUGCAACUCAGCAUCAGUUUCAGGCAGGAAGAAGAUAGGGUUGACUCCAAGAUGACAAUAAGAACUUUUUAAGUAGGGGUGCGGAAUCAAUGAAUAACUUGAGAAAAGGCAAAACAUGUAUGUGCUUUUAUUGGGACUUUUUUUUUAUACAUGCUCUUCUCAUGUUGCAAAUGGUGCUAGUAGUUGUUUCUCAAAAUGUAGACCCAGACACCAGAUUUGCAUGUUUAUAUAGUAAAUUCAUUUAUUUUCUCUA